AUGUCCGUCCAUCCAUCCUCUAUCAUUGUUCACCAUCUCUGUCCGUCCACCCAACCUCUAUCAUUGCUCACUAUCUAUGUCAUUGCCUACAAUCUCUGUCCGUCCAUCCUCUGUCAUUGCUCACCAUCUCUGUCAUUACCCACAACCUCUGUCCGUCCACCUAAUCUCUAUCAUUGCUCACUAUCUAUGUCAUUGCCUACAACCUCUGUCCGUCCAUCCAAUCUAUGUCAUUGCCUACAACCUCUGUACGUCCACCCAAUCAAAUCCAUCCAAUCUCUGUCAUUACCCACAACCUCUGUCCGUCCACCUAAUCUCUAUCAUUGCUCACUAUCUAUGUCAUUGCCUACAACCUCUGUCCGUCCACCCAAUCAAAGUCAUUUCCCACAACCUCUGUACGUCCAUCCAAUCUCUGUCAUUGCCUACAACCUCUGUACGUCCAUCCAAUCUCUGUCAUUGCCUAUAACCUCUGUACGUCCAUCCAAUCUCUGUCAUUGCCUACAACCUCUGUCCGUCCAUCCAAUCUAUGUCAUUGCCUACAACCUCUGUCCGUCCACCCAAUCAAAGUCAUUUCCCACAACCUCUGUCAGUCCAUCCAAUCUCUGUCAUUGCCUACAACCUCUGUCAGUCCAUCCAAUCUCUGUCAUUGCCUACAACCUCUGUCCGUCCACCCAAUCUCUUUCAUUCCUCAUAAUCUCUGUCGAUCCAUAUCAUAGAUGGUUUGUUCCUGGAGAUGACGAGGACUAA